CCAGAUCUGAAUGCGAGCUCGCUCACUUUUCCAUUCGCACGAAUCUAUUACUACGUCGUAAUAAGCUUACCGAGCAAUGACAACACGCACUGACGAGCAGUGGCUGCAUGAGGCGCAGCAGUGGGUGGAGUGGGACGUGAACGCCGGGACCAAGGCGCAGGUAGAGCAGCUCGUGGCGGCUAAGGAUGUAGCCCGCAUUCGCGAGCUGUUCGGAAGUCGCGUAGCCUUCGGAACUGCUGGUCUUCGCGCCGUGAUGGGGCCUGGACCCGCAGCCAUGAACGACCUGGUAGUUAUACAGGCCUCUCAGGGUAUUUGCAAAUACCUGACGCUGCAAUUUGGCGAUCAGGUCAAGAGUAUGGGCGUGGCGUUGGGAUACGAUCACCGCCAGUAUGGAACACUAAGCUCCAAGCGCUUUGCAGAGCUCACAGCCGCUGUCUGUCUGCACUGUGGCUUCAAGGUAUAUCUAUACGAGGGAUUCGUAGCUACGCCGCUGGUGCCGUUCUGUAUCGAGCAGAAGGGCUGUGCGGCCGGCGUGAUGGUCACCGCCUCGCACAACCCCAAGGCCGACAACGGCUACAAGGUUUACUGGAGCAAUGGCAGCCAAAUCGUCCCGCCUCACGACGAUGGUAUCGCCAAUGAGAUCAUGGCCAGCCUCGCCCCUUGGAGACUGUACGACGACUCGCUCGAGGACCUUAAGAAGUUUUUCCCUAAUCUCAUCGAGAACCCAAGGGAGGAGCUUACCAAGCGCUACUUUGAGCAGGCCAAAGCAAGGCUGUGCCGCUUUCCAGAGGCCAAUACUAACACAACGCUCAAGAUCGCCUACACAGCCAUGCACGGUGUUGGCCACGCGUUCACGAGCCGCUCCUUUGCGGCUUUUGGUCAUAAGGAAUACGUAUCUGUGCAGGCCCAGCUUCUGCCUGAUCCCGAGUUCCCCACUGUGGAUUUCCCCAACCCGGAAGAGGGCAAGGGAGCUCUUCAACUUGCCAUGGAGACUGCUGAGGCUAACGGAGCGAGACUGAUCCUAGCUAACGACCCUGAUGCUGAUCGAUUGGCAGUGGCCGAGCGUGAUCCGAGCUUGAAAACUGGCUGGCGCGUCUUUACAGGCAACGAGAUUGGCGUUCUACUGGGCUACUGGGAACUUGAGCAGUAUCUACGCCUAAACCCGAGUUGCGACCGUAAGCAACUGUACUUCAUCGCAUCGACAGUAUCGUCCAAAAUGCUGCGAGCUGUCGCGAACGCCGAGGGUCUGAACUUCGAGGAGACGCUCACAGGCUUCAAGUGGAUGGGUAACAAGACUGCUGAGCUGCGCAAUGCUGGCAAGACUGUUUUGUUCUCGUUUGAGGAGGCCAUCGGAUUCUGUGUGGGUGACCUCGUGAAAGACAAGGACGGUGUAGUUGCUGCCGCUGUGUUCGCUGAGAUGGCAGUUCAGCUCGAAACCACCAAAAAGAUGACGGUAGACCAGCAUCUCAACGCUCUCUACGAGCGCUACGGCCACUUUGUGACGCAAAACAACUACGUCAAGUGCUACGACCCCGUCAAGAUUCGCUCUAUCUUCGAGCGUCUGCGCAAGAACGGGAAAUACUGGAAAAGUUGUGGCGACUUUGCGAUCACACAAGUGCGCGACCUUACCACGGGCUACGACAACGCCCAGCCAGACAGACGCGCUGUGCUUCCCGUCAGCAGUUCGACCGAAAUGAUCACGUACACCUUCGCCAACGGAUGCGUUGCCACGCUACGUACAAGCGGCACAGAGCCCAAACUUAAAUACUACGUUGAACUUGCAGGCCGUGUGGGCCAGACACGAGAGGAAGUGACACUGGAGUUGAGAAAGCAAGUUGAGCAGAUCGUGGAGCUUAUGCUGCAGCCUAAGAAGAACGGACUGGAGCUGCCACCUUCAAACAAGUAGAGAGAAAUGAGUGUACCAGUUUCUAAAGUACUUGGUCGUCAAUUGAUAGCCUUAUCUUCUGUU